AUGCAAAAACAUUUUGCACAAUAUCCUAUCAUUUAUAUUACUCUUAAGGAUCUAUGCACUGGAACAUGGGAUAAAAUAAUAGAAAAAUUAAGAGCGCUUGUAGUGGAAAUUUAUGAUAAACACCGCUACCUUAUUAGCAGUUUAUAUCCUGAGGAACAAGAGAUAUUUCAAAGAAUUCUUAAAAGAGAUCCAAUCUAUCCUGAAUCACAAUUGGAGUUUUCUUUGAAGGCACUUUCCAAGCAUCUGCGACGAUAUUAUAAAAAACAAUGUAUUGUGUUGGUUGAUGAAUACGAUUCCUUGAUAAAAUAUGCUUAUAAUAAAGAAUAUUAUGAAGUUGCAAAUGAUUUUUUUAAAGGCAUGUUCUCAUCAUUAUUGAAGAGCAAUGAUGAAAAUAUUACAAAAGCUAUGUUAGUUGAUGUAUUACGGAUUGCAAAAUCUGGGUUCUUGUCUGGGUUGAAUAAUCUUAUAGUUUACCCUUUGCACCAAGAAAGUCAAUUUCAUCUUUAUGCAGAUAAGUUUGGAUUCACAUCCGAUAAAGUAAAAUUAUUAUUUUCACUAUAUGAAGAUUUGCAAAUUAAUGACAUUCGGAAGUGGUAUGAUGGUUACAUCUCAGGAGGAGGUAUCCAUUUAUAUAAUCCGUGGUCUAUUAUUUGUCUGCUUUCACGUGGUAUUUUAGAUGCAUAUUGGACAGAUACGGAAAGCACUCGAACAUUAGUAAAAUGUCUAUGGAAAGCAAGCUCUUCAUUUAAGGAAUCCAUUGAAAAGUUAUUGAAAGGGGAAAGUAUAACUAAUGCUAAGGUUCAGGAUGAUCUUCGAUAUUUAGAUUUAGAUCAAUGUCAAGAUUUGGCUAUUUGGACACUUCUUUACUAUGCAGGAUACCUUACUAUGAAUUCUGAGAAGCAUCUUGUUAUUCCAAAUGAGGAGAUUUAUAAUCUUUUACAUGGAAAUCUUGAUUUAUUUAGUAAAGAAUUUGAAAAUAUAAUUGUAGAUAUGCUUUCAUUUUAUGAGGUCAGAGAGUUGACUUCUGGAAAAAAUGCAGAAUAUGUUUAUCAUGUCUUUUGUUUAGGAGUAUAUGAUAUAAAAAUAGUUUCAAAACCAGGUGUUAAUGAGAUGGCUAUUAUCUUUGAAUUUAAGGUUGUUCAUGAUAAAAAAAGUUUACAUGAUGCAGCUCAAGAAGGAUUACUUCAAAUCGAAAAGAAGCAGUAUCGAGUAGGCCUAGAAGAAAAUAUUAAAAAACUUUUGGAAAUAGGAAUUGGAUUUGAAGAGAAAAAAGCUUGUGUAUUAGAGUGUUUAUUUCAUAGAACAGAAGAAGGUGCAUGGAACAAGGAUUAUGAAAAAUUAAUUUCAGAUUAA